CGAUCUGUUCUCUCUCUCUCUCUCUCCACUCCCCGUUUGUUCCUCGUAUCACCGUCUCCGUAUUGCCUUCGCCUAUGGGGACAGAGGGAGUAAAAAGAGUGAAUGCGCUGUAAUUCUGAUGUGUGUUCUACUGGUGCCAUUAGGCUAAUACCGCCCGCGAGCAUGGCUACCGCGUCGGAAAGUCAGCAGCAGCGGUAGAGACGCUUUCACCGCCGCCCCUACCGCGGCGCGGAUCCACUCUGUCUUUCAAAUCUCACCAGCUAUGUUCAUUGUCUAUCUGCCUGCGCAGUGCAAUGGAUUUUUACCUAUCUAAUGUCAUAGAGCACAGCCUGCGGUGACUAGUCAGGCAGCAGUACGCGGCACACCAAGGGACUAAUAAAUAAGAUUGGACUAUAUAUACUAAUUAUAUAGCUGGCGUUAGCUGCAACGACGAAAAACAUCGCGGCAGGAACAAGGCUGGAAUUAUGAAGGUCUGCCACAAUGUCUAAGGCCACAGUGAACAAGCUGCACUGGCGUUCCAAGGUGCAGGAGAGUUUUGUUCCCCUGGGGGGUGGGUCUGGGGAGCUAGGUGUGGCCAUCGGGGGCGGGGCUGACUACGGAGAGUUCCCAUUCGUCACAGCAGCACCGGGAGGCGGGGCCACAGUGGGUGACGUCAUACUGGAGAUCGGGGGUACGCCCGUCCUGGGCAUGACACUAGGAGACGUGAGAGGGGUCCUCAACUCAUGCCCCCAUCCCAUACGCAUUAAGACUGUCUCGCCAGGUUCUACUCUGUGUAAGGACCUGAGGCUGUACCUGAGCAAGUGUUUCACUCCAGGAUCCAUGGACAGCCAACUGCAGCAGGUGAUCAGAGAGAACCUGUACCUCAGAGCCGUCCCCUGUACGACCAGACAGCCUCGCGACGGGGAGAUAUCAGGAGUGGAUUACAACUUCGUCUCCAUAGAAGAGUUCUUUUCCCUGGAAGAGUCUGGAGCCCUGCUGGAGAGUGGCAAGUUCAAGGGAAACUACUACGGGACGCCCCGCCCAGUCCACAUCGGCCCAGAGAGCCCACCAAUCACGUACCAGGAACACCGGAACCUGCUCCGGAACUUCAGGACACGCAGCAAGUCGCUAAGCAACCUAGAGAAGGCUGUAGAGGAGGGGGAGAACAGUGAGGAAGAUUCUGGACUGUCAGGAGGUUCAGUCGGCAUCAGCAGUGCCCCGCCCACAGCGCUAGCUCUCAGCCAAUCCUGGGACUCAAGGGACGGCGUGGGAGAAGAGAAUGGAGGGAGUAGCAUCGCCACACGAGGUGGAGGGGCACUGCCCGAGAAUUGGGAGCUGGCAUUCAGCGACUCAGGAGAGCCUUACUACAUAGAUCACAUCUCUAAGACCACCAGCUGGCUGGACCCCAGAGCUCAGAGCAGGGAGAUCCUCAGCAAAACAGAGUUGCCUGCGUUCACGGACGAGCCGGCAGAGCUGAAGGGCUAUUCCAUCCACACCCGUCUGUCUAAAGGGCCGCGAGGGUUCGGCUUCAACAUAGUGGGAGGAAGCAAACAGAGAGAGUUUCUCCAGGUCUACAGCGUUACACCCGGAGGACCACCCGCCCUCAGCACAGCUGAUAUCCUGGUCUACAUCAAUGACAGCUGUGUCCUGGGUCUGUCUCAUAAAGAGGUGGUAGAGAUGUUGAAGUCUGUCCCCAUGGGUCACAGUGUGGACGUUGUGUUACGGAGAGGCUAUCCCAUGCUCUACAACCCAGACGGCUGUCCCAAACAACCCCUGACUCCCUCCGCCUCCUCCUCUCCUCUGGAACCCCUCAGCUCUGCAGCCACCCCUCCCUCCACAGCCACCGCUCAGCCCUUCUCCACCCCCGGUCCUGGCCCUCCCGAGCCACCCCAACCUCCCGGCCUGGCUAACCUGAACCGUACCCUGUCUCAUCACAACGGAAAUUAUCUCAGAGUGGCGGGAAACUCAGGGUCGGGGCUGGACGCUAACGGGAAUGCGGCAGACCUGUUGUCGGCUCCCCCCUCCUACCCGCUGUCUAAUGGAAUCCUUAGCUCUUCCGCCAGCUCAGCCUGUGCCCCCUCCUCCUCUCACAGUAGGGGCAUCCCCCCUCCUCCCCCGCCCGAACGAACCUCCGCCUCCGCCAGCCAGAGUGACUCAGAGGAAGGAGCCUCGGGUGGAGCGACACAGAGAUGGUCUCUGAUGCGCUACAAUGCGAACUCCCUCCCCACCCCCUCCUCCAUACUCCACCACCAGAGUGACUUCACCACCUCCACCCUGCCCAUCUCCGUCUCCAAUCUGCCCCUGUCCCAGCCGGACGUGUGCACUGCCACCACCCCUGGAGCCCCCUGCCAACGGCCCCCCAUGCCCCAGACCUCCCUCAUGCUCCCCUCGCCCUCGGAGGUCCCCCCUUGCGGCUUCAACGGCUGCCCAGCCAACGCCCAACCCCAUGGGGGCCACAGCGCGCCCAGUGAGGGAGUACCUGGUGGGGCUGGAGGAGGGGAGCUGGUCCCUGUGCCCCUGGGGAGGAGUGAGGGGGGUGGGAUGGGGUUCAGUGUGACGGCGGGGGGGCAGGGGGGGCAGCUGGCCCUGGUGAAGAGGGUCUGGGACAGAAGGCAGUGCUCCUCCCUGCAGCCAGGGGAUGCUAUAGUCAAGAUCAACGGCGCUGACGUGCAGAGUCUCAGCUUCGCUCAGGUCCAGAGGGUUCUCCAAAAACACACCAGGCAGGGAGAAGUAGUGCUGCUGGUUUACAGAGGAGGGUCGCUCUUCUCUCCUGUCUCCCCUAACCUCUACAAGCCCCUCCCCUCUCCCCUGGGCCCCUCCUCCUCCCAUGGCCUCCCAUCUGACCUGCCUGCCUCCUCCUCCACCUCAGAUGCCUUGGUGCCCCUGCACCUCCCUCAUAUCCCCCAUCUCCCCCCCAGCCACAGUGACCUCUCCCCAGCCUCGCCCUCCACAGAUCUCCCCUCCCUGGUCCAGAGCACAAGCUUUCUGGACUCAGUCCCUGUAACUCUCACCCUGGAACCCAGAGACUGGGUUGGGGUGGAGAACGGUGUUGGGGCCCCGGGUGUGUUGAGGCCCCCUGGAGGUUGGGGAGGAGGAGCAGGAAUGGGGGCUGUGGCCAAGGGCCAGGUGGACAGACGAGGGGGAGGGGUCAGGGGACAGGAGGUGGAGCUACGGAGACGGCCGGGGGAGGGGUUCGGCUUCAUCAUCGCCUCAAAGGACCUGGCCAAUGGGGCCUCGUCCAUGCUGUCCCACAGGUUUGUGACAGUACGUGGGGGCAGCCCUGCGGCCCGGUCAGGUCAGAUCCAGCCGGGUGACCAGCUAGAGGCAGUGGAGGGGCGGUCCGUUGUCACCCUGCCUCACAGAGACCUGGCACAGAUACUGAGACGUGCUGGAAACACACUUAGACUCACCAUCAUACCAAGACUUAACCCCAACUCCUCUAGUAUGUCAGAAGGCCCAGAGUUAGACGCUGGUGGCAGGACAAGGAAAGGCCACAGAGGGAGGCCCAAGCAGCAGGACCAGCGAUACUAUAGCGUAGACCUAGAGAGAGGUCCUACAGGUUUUGGCUUCAGUUUGCGGGGGGGCAGUGAGUACAACAUGGGCCUGUAUGUCCUGGGACUGAUGGAGGGAGGACCUGCCUCACGCAGCCACAAGAUACAGGUGAGUGACCAGCUGGUGGAGAUAAAUGGUGACAGUACAACAGGAAUGACCCACAGCCAGGCCGUAGAGCAGAUAAGAAGAGGAGGACAUCGUAUACACCUGGUACUGAAGAAAGGAAACGGCUACGUCCCAGACUAUGACCAUGAUCCCAGAGCAGUCUCCCCCUCCUCCUAUCUCUACCCAGAGGUGCCGGGUGUGGCUGCAGUAGAUAAAACACGCUCUCUGCCAACGAAGAGCGGAAGGGUGGAUAGAGGAGGAGGACAGAGGGAGAGGGAGAAGAGAAGGAGGCAGAGGAAGGGAGGUAGUCUGGUGGAAAGGAGUAGCAGAGGAGGACGAGGUACUCCUGACACAGACCUGGAUUGUCCCGAGGAGGCGGAGGAGGAGGAGGAGGAGGAGGAGAGUCAGGUCAUCAGCCACAGAGGUCAGAAGUCAGAGGAUAAGGACAACGGAAAAUGUACCCAGAGUUUACCCAAGAACGUACUAAGGAACUCAGACAGACAGGAGGAGGUAGUGGAGACAGUGCCGGAGGUGAGGCACAGCAGGGUCAAACAGAGGUCAAAACAGUUGAGGAGCAGGACAACACAAAGUGAGAGGGGAGAGAGGGUAGAGGAAAUGGAGGAGCUGGACAUACACAUACUUCCCUCAGCCAGUAAAACACAGGAGAAGGUGGGAGGAGGAAGAGGGAGGAGGAAGAGGGAGGGACAAAGGGAGAAAGAGAGGGAGAGGAAGGCUGAGAUGGAGGUAAAGACAAGGGCUGCCGGACCUGUGGUGGAGGAUUCUGGGCCGGAAAAAAGGGACAGACCCCCAGAGAAAGAGAGAGAGCGAGCUCCUUUCUCCUUCCUCAUGCCACUGCAGGAUGGAGACGCUGAACUGUCUAAUGCAGAGUCAGGGGCCUCAGGAGCCUCCGGGGCCAGCUUCUCUGACCAGGUCAGUGUGUCUGCUGCCAGUGUCUCUGGAUCCACCGCCGGGGCCCCACCUGGGUGGGGAGAACCCAGAGAACUGAGAGGGGACCCAGGAAGCACCCAGUCAUGGUGUCGGGCCACCCAUGCAUCCCACAACCCGGGCCCCUGGAGAAGUACACAGUCACGGGGGCCCACCUACGCCGGCCCCGGGCCCUGGAUUAAACCCAGCCAGCAGAAACUGACUCAGGUGUUGGUGGGACACAGGCUGAGAGGAGGUCUUGACCUGUAGAUGAGAGGAAGAGAUGGACAACUGACUGUUCCUGUGGUGCUGAUUAACAGAAGGAGUGUUGUGGUCUUUCUGAUAACUUCCCCAAAAGCAGAAAUUCUGGUUGGAGGAGGAUUCCCAGAUUUCCUGCUUAUUCCCUCAUAAAUCCAGGGAUCCAACCUAUCGUGGUCCUGACUGGUUUGACUGGCAGCUCCUCCAACCUAUCAUGGUCCUGACUGGUUUGACUGGCAGCUCCUCCAACCUAUCGUGGUCCUGACUGGUUUGACUGGCAGCUCCUCCAACCUAUCGUGGUCCUGACUGGUUUGACUGGCAGCUCCUCCAACCUAUCGUGGUCCUGACUGGUUUGACUGGCAAGCUACUCCAACCUAUCGUGGUCCUGACUGGUUUGACUGGAAAACUACUCCAACCUAUCGUGGUCCUGACUGGUUUGACUGGCAAGCUACUCCAACCUAUCGUGGUCCUGACUGGUUUGACUGGAAAACUACUCCAACCUAUCGUGCAUUAGAGCCUAGGACAACAACAAGACAGGACACUCCCAUGUCCACAGCACCCCAGAUCCCUGUUAAGUCAUCUCUCGACUUGGACACUCCCCCUGUCCACAGCACCCCAAAUCCCCCAUUAAGUAAUCUCUCGACUAGGACACUCCCCCUGUCCACAGCACCCCAAAUCCCCGUUAAGUCAACUCUCGACUAGGACACUCCCCCUGUCCACAGCACCAGAAUCCCCCGUUAAGUCAUCUCUCGACUAGGACACUCCCCCUGUCCACAGCACCCCAAAUCCCCCGUUAAGCCAUCUCUCGACUAGGUCUCACCAUCCAUGCCCAUAAGUCUACCCAAUACCACUGCCUAUCUAGCUACAGUUAGUCCGCCAUCACCCUUGAUUGGUUUCAUUAGAUCUGCGUUCUAUAUCAUCACGAGUGGUAUCAUCUUCAACGUAAUCAUUGUCAUCAGAAAUGUUUUAUGAUGCAAAUGCAAGGGGCAACAACAUCAACAAUUGCAUAUAUGGAGUGUUUUAGCGCCACCUAGAGGCUGUAGUGGUGUACUGCAGAUCGAAAGAUAGCGAAGCCACAACUACAGGACAUUAUAAUAUAUUAUUUUCUUAUUUGUUUCUAUUAUAUAAUUUUAGCGUGCUAUUUUAUUUUGAUAGCAUUUACAGAGACUAAGAUAAAUGACCCGCCAGAGAAAUGAUUUGCCUCCUGCUUGCUUGCUUGGCCUGGAUUUUAAACUCUCCUUAAAGUCUUUCUGAUACAGUAUUUUAUAGUUGUUAUAGAUGUCUGGGGGACAGUAAUUAUACUGUUAUAUAAAGUUUAUAUACUGUAAGUAUAUUUACAAUUAAAUAUAAAUAUAUAUAAUGACUAGUGAUCUAUGUCUCUACAGAUCUCUACUGGUGCCUUCAUGUCUCUAGCCAAGCCGGUGUUUACUAAAUAAAGUAUUGAGUGUGCGUCUGCACCGUUUUCCUUAUAUUAUAUGCAUUCGUUUUGCAGGGACGCAGCCAUUGUCACAUAACUGAACGGAUACAUCUAUAAGCAGCAAAGACUCAAUGACUUUGAUACCAGUAAAAUACUAAAACGCGGUCGGUAAAUUGAAGAAGUGAAUCAAUGUCGUAACAAAGUGCCUCAUAGUCAAUUUUCCUUUAGAAACACUACUUUCCUUUAAAAACUACGACUAAGCCAUGCAGUAUCUAGAGUGUAUUGGUACACCUUGCAUUAUGGGUAAUGUAGUACUACAUACACUAUGCUACACAACACAGAGAUGUCCUGUCAGAACUAGCGAGGUGACCCUUGUCUACUUGUCUCUGAUGCUAAUCCAUAGCGAUGUGGCCCUUGUCUACUAGUCUCUAAUGCUAAUCCAUAGCGAUGUGGCCCUUGUCUACUAGUCUCUAAUGCUAAUCCAUAGUGAGAUGGCCCUUGUCUACUAGUCUCUAAUGCUAAUCCAUAGUGAAGUGGCCCUUGUCUACUAGUCUCUGAUGCUAAUCCAUAGCGAGGUGGCCCUUGUCUACUAGUCUCUAAUGCUAAUCAAUAGCGAGGUGGCCCUUGUCUACUAGUCUCUGAUGCUAAUCCAUAGCGAGGUGGCCCUUGUCUACUAGUCUCUGAUGCUAAUCCAUAGCGAUGUGGCCCUUGUCUACUAGUCUCUGAUGCUAAUCCAUAGCGAGGUGGCCCUUGUCUACUAGUCUCUGAUGCUAAUCCAUAGCGAGGUUGGCCCUUGUCCACUAGUCUCUAAUGCUAAUCCAUAGCGAGGUGGCCCUUGUCUAAUAGUCUCUGAUGCUAAUCAAUAGCGAUGUGGCCCUUGUCCACUAGUCUCUAAUGCUAAUCCAUAGCGAGGUGGCCCUUGUCUACUAGUCUCUGAUGCUAAUCCAUAACGAGGUGGCCCUUGUCUACUAGUCUCUGAUGCUAAUCCAUAACGAGGUGGCCCUUGUCUACUAGUCUCUGAUGCUAAUCCAUAGCGAGGUUGGCCCUUGUCCACUAGUCUCUAAUGCUAAUCCAUAGCGAGGUGGCCCUUGUCUACUAGUCUCUGAUGGUAAUCCAUAACGAGGUGGCCCUUGUCUACUAGUCUCUGAUGCUAAUCAAUAGCGAUGUGGCCCUUGUCUACUAGCCUCAAGCUAAUCCAUAGCGAGGUGGCCCAUGUCUACUAGCCUCAUGCUAAUCCAUAGCGAGGUGGCCCUUGUCUACUAGCCUCAUGCUAAUCCAUAGCGAGGUGGCCCUUUUCUACUAGUCUCUGAUGCUAAUCCAUAGCGAGGUGGCCCUUGUCUACUAGUCUCUGAUGCUAAUCCAUAGCGAGGUGGCCCUUGUCUACUAGUCUCUGAUGCUAAUCAAUAGCGAUGUGGCCCUUGUCUACUAGCCUCAUGCUAAUCAAUAGCGAUGUGGCCCUUGUCUACUAGCCUCAUGCUAAUCAAUAGCGAUGUGGCCCUUGUCUACUAGCCUCAUGCUAAUCCAUAACGAGGUGGCCCUUGUCUACUAGUCUCUGAUGCUAAUCAAUAGCGAUGUGGCCCUUGUCUACUAGCCUCAUGCUAAUCAAUAGCGAUGUGGCCCUUGUCUACUAGCCUCAUGCUAAUCAAUAGCGAUGUGGCCCUUGUCUACUAGCCUCAUGCUAAUCAAUAGCGAUGUGGCCCUUGUCUACUAGCCUCAUGCUAAUCCAUAACGAGGUGGCCCUUGUCUACUAGUCUCUGAUGCUAAUCCAUAGCGAGGUGGCCCUUGUCUACUAGUCUCUGAUGCUAAUCCAUAGCGAGGUGGCCCUUGUCUACUAGUCUCUGAUGCUAAUCCAUAGCAAUGUGGCCCUUGUCUACUAGCCUCAUGCUAAUCCAUAGCACACAGUACAAAUCAAUGUUGUAUCACUGUGAUCAUCCCCAUUUCAACUCCUCAUGUGUUUCAGUAAGUCAAACCUCCGAUAUAAGAUACAAUGAACAGACACAUAACAUCUAAGAAUCUUGUCUGCACUUCUCUCUCCUCCCCCCUCAUCCCGCCCUUCCCUCAUCCUUCAUUCCUUCCCUCCCUCCCUCCC